AUGAAAGCACAAGAAUACAUAAAUCAGAAGUAUCAAACAAAAGAACAGAAAAAAGACAUUAGAGAGUUGGAUUUAAGUAAUCUUAAUUUGGAAGGCGAUUUAGAUUUUGCCGAUUUUAAUAAUUUAAAAGAAAUAAACAUCAGCGGAAUGAUUAAACAAAAAAUAUCCUUACCGACAGCAGAAGAAAUAAGAAUGGAUAAUCUGACUACUCAAUAUUUAAGCGAAUUUCAGUUAAGUAAUUUAAGGAAGUUAAAUGAAAUAAAAUCUAAUGAUAAUUUUAAACUUGUGAAAUUAGAAAUUGAAACUUGUCCGAGUUUAAAAGAAAUUAGAUUUCCUAAUUCACAACUUUCUAGUCUAAAUCUAAACGGUGCUCCGAAUUUAGAAAUUGUCGACCUUUACUAUGGCAAACUUGUUUCGCUAAAUUACUUAAAGUUAGGAAAUUGGGAUGAUAGACUAAAUGAAAUGGGUAUUAAUAAUCGUUUUUAUGGUUCCUUGGAACCUCUAAAAAAUUUAACUAAAUUGGAACAUCUGAGUGUUGCAAAUACAGAUAUCGAUAGUGGCUUAGAUUAUUUGCCAAACAGCAUUAAAAGUUUUUGUGGUCUCGGGGAGGAAAUAGAAGGAGAAAAUUUUUUGGAAAAACUUCGAACUUUUAAAAAUAGAAUAGAAAAUCAACUGAAAACUAGGUUAGAAGAAAGUGAAAAAGAACGAAAAGAUAAUUUAAAACUGUUUUUGGAGAUUCAAAAUAAGAAAAAGGGAUUAAAGCAGUUGAAAGCGACUGCAAAAGAGAAAUUGGAAGUCAAUCAAAAAUUAUUUAUCAACAACCUUCUAGGUUUCCAAGAAAAAAUUAUUAGACUAGAGGAAGACAGCACACAAUCAAUCGUUGCUGAAGAAGUAAAAAAAUUAAAUGAGGUCAAGGAAAAACUAAAAGAGAAGAUUACGCAGGAAGAAAUAAGCAAUCUUUGCCGAAAGAAAAUAGAAUUAACUAAAUUGGAAAUUAAUUUAGAGCAAUUACAAGAACAAGAAUUCGAAGCCAGGCAAGAAAUUUCGCAAAAUCAGUAA